UAGAAUUGGACCGCCAGUUUAUUGGAAAUAGAAUUAGAAUCGGAAGAGAGAAGACAUGGCUGAUUUCAUGACAUCUACUCAUAAAUCCAAAUGGAUUUGUACUCCCCAAGAUAUUAAACAUAAGUAUAAAGUUGCUAAUCAAAGAGCGAAACAAGCACUAGAGAUGUUUGGAACAACUCGAAUGGAAGUUGAUAUUGAUGGGUCGUUCUUGUAUGCUGAAAGUCAAAAUGACGUAAAAGAUAGUGCUGAAAAGCGUCCUAAACCACUCAAAGUUGAAGAAGAACAACUUCUAAGGGCUUUCUACGAGUUCAAAAUUCAAGAUGUUUGUGAUGCCUUUAAGUUCCCUCGUAAGAUUCAGGCAACAGCUCUCAUUUAUUUUAAGAGGUUUUAUCUGCUAUGGUCCGUGAUGGAACAUCACCCCAAAGACAUUAUGUUAACGUGCAUAUAUGCAGCUUGCAAGGCAGAGGAAAAUCACGUAUCAGCUGAGGAGCUUGGUAAGGGGAUUGGACAGGAUCAUCAUGUAAUCCUCAAUAAUGAGAUGCUGGUUUUUCAGAGUCUAGGAUUUGAUCUUAUUGCUUAUGCUCCAUAUCGUGCACUUGAAGGUUUUAUCAGUGAUUUAGAGGAGUUCUGUGGAGCUAAAGAUGACGACCAGCUUGUGGCACUGAAGGGUGCACUUGAUACUGCUAGGAUUGAAGCCGAUAAGAUUAUGCGUAGUGAUGGACCACUUCUAUUCCCACCUGGGCAGUUGGCAUUGACAGCUUUGCAUAGAGCUAACACAGCACAUGGCGUAUUUGAUCUUGAGAGGUACCUGAGAAGUGUCCUAUCACGUCAUCAGCCAGCUCAUACCAUUUCAGAACUUACUGGUUCAAUAAAUGCCAUUGAUUCGUUGAUUGGUAAACUUUUGACUCCGACUUCCAAAGAUGUGAAGCACAUUGAUCGGAAACUCAAAUCAUGUCUUGAUCCGGGUUCACAUGACAAGAGUAAAAAAAGGAAGCAUAGAUCCAAAGAUAGCUCAAAUGAGGUUACAGGCAUCUCUUGAGCUGCUCUAACUCAAGUUUGUAGCCUUAAGCAUAUGUUGUUUGGCCGGUGGAAAUAGUUCCUCAUUGCUGUUCAUCAGUUUCCUUAUGUAGAGUUGAAAAUCAAGUUCGGCUUGAAGUAGUAUAUUACAUUUUCAUCAGGUAGAGAGAAGAAGCAGAUGCAGAUCCAGGAUUUUAAUUUAAUGGUUCAACUUUUGAGAUUCUCCACAUUGAACUCAUUGUACCAUUAAAAUUAUGGGUUUAGAUCUAAUAUUUGUUGAGAUCAAUUUUAGUAGAUAUAUCUAUACUCCAUAUUGAAAGUUGUGGAUUUAGAUGAACCCGUAGCCAAAAGGCUACAUCCGUCCCCGAGAAGAUCGCAUUGUUAAAGAUGUGCAUGUAUGAAUGGACAAAUGGUUGACUCUGUGGUUUCCCUCAUUGAAGAUGGUUCAACCAUGUCUGUUUUAUAUAAGCUUUUUGGUUUUCUAAA